CGCCACGUUUACUCCAUUCCCUCAGACUCAAGUCUUCUCCGUUCUUCUCAAGUCCUCAGCAAAGGUGGCCCACUUUUCGUAUCCUGCAAAUUGAAAACCCUAAUUUCAAUUGGUUUUGUAGCAAUGGAUGUAGAAGAUGAUACAAGAGAAGGCUCUGUUUCCUCUGUUAUUCUUGAGUCUUUGGAAUCUACCCAGAAGGGAGAUAAGCUUUCUGCUGAGGAUUUGGCUUGGGUUGACUCUUGUCUGAUUUCAGAUACUGAAAUUUUGGAAAGAAACUGGACCUCCUUCAAAGAUGUUUUGCUGGAGAUCAUUGGUGAUCAACCUGAGUCACUCGACUCUUCUGCAACUGGAAGUGAUGGUUUUGUUGGAGGAACUGAAAUCAAGAUACUUCCUUCCAUGGAUGAGGCAGAGACUGCCAAAUACUCAAGGAGAACUGAUGAUGAUCUUGUUGUCAUUCCAAUUAAUGGAGACAAUGAAACAAACACCGAUGGUGAUCCAAUCAAAAGGACUGCUUUUCUGUCCCGAGUACUUCAGGAAGACUCCAAUGAAACGUUUCGGGGAGAUCCUUUCCUGCCUACCUACAAUGAAGAUGAGAGAAGGGGUGAAGCUAUUGAUUUAGGACUUGAAUUGAGUUUAUCUGCAGAUGAGACGAAUUCAUCAAUGGUGGAUAUUUUCAGGGUCUGGGAUUUGGACAUUCCAGCUGAGGAAGAUGGUCUUAUUAAACAGUUGAACAAGGCUAUUGCUGAGACUUCCUUUCAAUCAAUGCCAUCAACUUUGGACGAUUCAAUGGCAUGGAAAGACUUGAAAUAUGAGCCACUAGAUAAUUUGAUUGCUAGCAUUGCAGAUCUAUCUUUAGAUAAAAGUUCUAGUUAAUUUUUCUGUCCAUAUAAGAAUCUAGUCAUAUACAUAUGUAAAUUUGUUAUAUUGCCCCGAUAUAUGCUGCUGUGAUCUUAUGACAUCAACAAUGAAGAAUAGGCGUUUGGUCCUUUCAUCAGCUUAA